AUGCGAAUUCUCACUUGGAACGUCAACGUCCUCAGGACAUGUUUGGACUAUCACCCAUUCAGUUCGAUGAAGAAGAAGAAUGUCGAAGGAUUACUGGAUGAGCUAGGUGCUCAGAUAUACUGUUUUCAAGAACAUAAGACGGUUCGAAGUAAAUUAGAGAAAUCAAUGGCAGUACCUGGACCUUAUGAUGGAUUUUGGACUUUUCCCAGAUCUAAAACAGGCUACUCAGGAGUAUGUACAUAUGUAGAUUCAAGAUAUUGUGUACCAUUAAAAGCUGAAGAAGGUAUAACUGGAUUAUUAUUGGAAGAUAAAUCAAGUACGAUGAAACCACCUUGGAAAGAAGAAGAGAAAAUAGGUGGUUAUCCCGAGGAUAUCGAAGAGAUGAAUUGGUUGGAUGAAAUUGAUGGUAAAGAAUUUGAUCCGAAACGAUUGGACAUGGAAGGUAGAGCUGUUGUAUGUGAUUUCGGCCUAUUCGUCCUAUUCAACUUGUAUUGCCCAAACGAAACCAACGAAACCCGAAGACCAUAUAAAAUGAAUUUCCUACAUUGUCUACAAGAGCGAGUGCGAAUGUUGAGACAGGCAGGUAGAGAAGUAAUCAUAGUAGGAGAUAUAAAUAUAAUGAGAGCACCGAUAGAUUCAGGAGAAGGUGGAAUAAGAACUUCUGCAGAACAACAUUAUGAACAUCCCGCUCGAAGGAUAUUGGAUAAUUGGAUAUAUCCAAAAGGAGAUAUGGUUGAUGUGGUGAGAGAAAGCUGGCCUGAUAGGGAUGAUAUGUUUACUUGUUGGAAUCAAAAGUUAGAUGCUAGAUCUGCAAAUUAUGGAUCUCGAAUUGACUUGAUUCUCUGUACACCAGGAUUAAGACCUUGGAUUAAAGGAGGAGAUAUAUUAAAUAAAGUCUAUGGAUCAGAUCACUGUCCAGUCUAUAUCGAUCUCCACGAAUCAAUCAAUCAUCCUGAAAAAGGCGAAAUACAGUUAAAAGACAUGUUGAAUCCUUCGAAUAGAACUCAAAGUACAGCAAUCAUUUAUCCUAAUGAUAUACCUAGAAAUACACCUGAACCUCCAAGAUUCGCUACAAAGUUCUUUGAUGAAUUUUCAGGUAAACAAACUACUCUUAAAAGUUUCUUCGGUGGGGGUGGGGGCGGCGGAUCAUCAAGAAAGACCAAACAGGAUGAAGAUGCGAGUACAAGUCCCUCAUUGACCCCUCAGCCAGCAACACCUGCUAUAGCUACGACCUCGAUCGUACCAGAGACUAUUGAAGAUAAAUCGAUAAAAUUGCAGAACAAUAUUCCUAUAAUACCUUCCCCAGUAGAAGAGAGUAUGUCCACGCCCUUCAGUCUCGCUAGAGCUGCUUUUGAUUCGAUCGGUGCUGAAGAAACAGACUCUUCGCAAGCGCAUUCGACGCCUCGUGCAGUAGUGGGCACUCCUACCCAGUCUACAUCUUCUUAUCACAGGUCCCCUUCCAGAGAGAACGCUAUCGAUAUGACUCAAUUCGAAGACGAACCCAUCUCCUCACCCUCCAACUCGAUUGCUGGAUCGUCUAAAGUCAAGCAGCCUGUCAAAGCCAAAUCAGUCAAGCUAAUCAACGCCAAGACCGCAACUACUUCCGGGCAAACGAAAUUAUCUUCAUUUUUCUCACAACCGCCGCAACCUACGCAGACCAAACGAAAGUCCUCUCCAGCUCAAUCUCCUUCAAUUCAACCACACUCUAAAUCCGCUAAAACAUCAAUACCGUCUCCGAAACCAUCACCUUCCAGAUCACCUUCAGCCUCAUUUUCUCGUCAAUCCAUACCGCCGCCUUCUCCCUCAUUUGAUAUUGGAUCACAAGAAGGAUUAACACCUCAAGAAGAUGAACUUAUCGCUCAAGCAUUGUUGCAAGCUGAACAAGAUAGAAAAGCUAAGAAUGAUUCGGCAAAACCAGUGUGGGGCGAGUUGUUUGCGAAGAAACUUCCGCCCUUAUGCGCCGUUCACCAAAAGCCUUGUAAAGAUUUUCUGGUGAUGAAACCGGGUCCGAACAAAGGUAAAAGAUUCUGGCUGUGUUCGUUACCCGUUGGAGCAGGUUAUGAUACUGGCCGAACUAAAAGGCCGAGAGAAGAUGUCAAUCAUAAGUUCAGAUGUGACUUCUUCUUAUGGGAUAGCGCGAACUCGAGAAAAGAGAAGCCGAAUGAGAAUAAGCUGAGUUAG